CUUUACAAGAAAAUAUAUCAACACAUUUUUUUGGGCUGUCUAUUCUCUUUUUUUCUUUUCUUUUUUCCCUCUUUUCCAAAACAUUCACGACACCGUCCUUGGAAACCCUGAUUUGAGCCUUCAAUCUCAAAUUUGGAUAUUACUUUGGGUACCCAUGAAGGUAACAUAAUAGUAGGGUGGUUGCAUUGCAGGACAAGAGGUGUUGCAGAUUGAUUUGGUUGUGGGAAGAUGCACCCUCCUUUAACAUUACACAAACACCCUAUGUGCGCCGAAAUUAUUGAACAGUUUCAAAAGUGUCAUAUAGACCAUCCUAUUGGAAAAUUCUUUGGUGAAUGUACAGAUUUGAAAAUAAAAUUGGAUCGCUGUUUCAGACAAGAAAAAGCUUUGAAGCGAAAGGCCAACUUUGAAGAGAGCAAAAAGUUUAAGGAACAGUUGAGAGUUUUCAGGAAAGAAAAUGCUGCAAGCAGCGGUCAAUAGAAGAAUUUUCUGAAUUGUUGAAAAAGCCCAAACUAUUGUGCAAAUUGCAAUCGGUAAUUUUGUAUAAGGGCUUGAUAUGAUACGCUUUUUACCACCUUCAAUCAGGGAAAACUCCAUAUCAUUAUUGUUUAAAUUAUGUCUGAUGCUAUUGCCUUAAGUGCUCUGUCUUCUAUGUUGCUCCCUUACCGUUUUGUUGAAUCAAUAUGAAUGUAACUGUAUUAUAUUAAACUAAGACACAUGUUACUUCGUAGAUAAUGAGAGCACCAUGCUGAAAGCCAAAAUUGGUUGAGGUGUAAUUCGGAUUUAAACUCAAAUCAAGCAAGGAUGAAUACCAACUCAUAACAAAUAAAUAGUUUCUAAGCAUCCAUCUUUU